AUGAAUGCAUCGCAUGUCAGAUUGGCUGAUGACUAUGAAUUUUCCUGUGGUGAGACUUAUUCUGAUGGAAUAAUUACUCCAUGCAACCUACCUGGAAAACUUCGUACGCACAUUGUUAAGUCAAGAUUUGUCGGUCUUUUAGCGAAAGUGGACACAUCGGAGGGAAAUGGCACGGAGAACUGGGCUGGGAGAGGGAUAGAAGAAUACCUGGAGAACAAAUUAGGCAGCUAUGUUCAUAAGUGUGGCACAGUGAGAGAUAUUGUUUCACCCAAAUUUGGACAAUUAGUGCACAAGUAUUUGUCACAGAUCUUUCAGAAGAAAUCACUGUUCGACAUGAUGGAUUUUGAAAUGAUUCUACGAUAUGACUGCUGGAUAGGGGAUGAAAAUUGUGAUUUUUGGUUGGACUGAUUUUAUGAAUGUUGUGAAGUAAAUAAUUUAAAAUUACUAGUAUUUACAUACAUAGAUCCUGUAAUUUCUAAUUC